GCCCGGCCGGUGCGGAGGGCGCCCGGUGCCGGCGGCCGCCAUGAAGCCGCCGCUGCGGACCCGCCUGGCCCCGGCGCGUUACGUGACGGGUCCCGGGGCGGCGGCGCCGGAGCCGCCGCGGGCCGCCUGGUCGGCGCGGGAGAAGCGAGCGCUGCUCGGCGCCCUGCGGGCUCAGGCCGCGCUCGGCGCCGCCGAGUUGGACCCGCGGCGGCUGCGGGAGCGGCUGCCCCGGCGGAGCGAGGCCGAGAUCCUGGCCUUCGUUUCGCACCUGAAGGGCCGGGUGGCACGCGAGGCCGUGUGCACCGAGUACCGCCAGUGCCUGGAGGAGCAGCGCCGCCGGCGCGCCGAGGUCCCGGCCCCCAUCGAGGUGUGGACGGACCUCGCCGAGAAGCUCUCGGAGCAGCUGGAGGAGGCCACGGCGGCGGCGUUCUCGCAGGUGCUCACGGUCGCGGGCACGGAGCCGCUGAGCCUGCUCCGGUCGGUGCGGCCGCCGGAGCGCCGCGACGCCUCCGGAGCCGGGGCCCCGGAUUUCGCCGUCGACUUCGAGAAGGUCUACGGCUACCUGGCGCUGGUGGCGCGGGGCGGGCGGGCCCCCCCGCCGCCCCCCCCCGGCGAGGCGGCGGUGCUGCUGGCCCUGCUGGCCUCGCUGCCGCCCGAGCUGGCCGCCCUGGACCGCGCCGGCCUCGGCGGCCACCUCCGCCGCGCCUACGGCGACCUGGCCGCCCCACGGCCGCCCCCCGGCGAGCCCCACGGCGGGCCCCACGGCGGGCCCCACGGCGAGCAGCAUGGCGGACCCACGGCGGGCUCCACAACGGGCCCCACGGCGAGCACCAUGGCGGGCCCCACGGCGGGCUCCACAACGGGCCCCACGGCGAGCCCCACGGCGGGCCCCAUGGCGAGCACCAUGGCGGGACCCACGGCGGGCUCCACAACGGGCCCCACGGCGGGCCCCAUGGCGAGCACCAUGGCGGGCCCCACGGCGGGCUCCACAACGGGCCCCACGGCGAGCACCACAGCGAGCCCCACGGCAGGCCCCACGGUGGGCUCCACAGUGAGCCCCAUGGCAGACCCCCCAGCGAGCACGACGGCGGGCCCCACGGCGAGUCCCCCGGCGGGCCCCACGGCGAGUCCCCCGGUGGGCCCCCCGGCGAGCCCCCCGGCGGGUCCCACAGCAAGCCCCACGGCGAGCCCCAUGGCGAGCCCCACGGUGGGCCCCCCGGCGAGCCCCCUGGCGGGCUCCACAGCAGACCCCCCGGCGGGCCCCCCGGCCGCCCCCCGGCGCUGUGGCGCGACGUCGGCCUCUGCCCGCUGAACGUGUUCGCGGUGCCGCUGCGGCUGCUGGGCCGGGCGGGCGAGACGCCGAGCCGCGUCCCGGCUUCGCCCGGCCCAAGGGGCCCCCGGGAGCCGCCGCCCCCCCGGAAUAAACUCCGGCCGCCGCCGCCGCCGCC